CAAAUGUAUCGCAGGGCAAAUUGACAAUGGAUUUCACUUUCAGGCGGCACCUACCGUAUUGCUGUCCCAUAUUAGGUAGGUAGCCGGUUGCAUUUCUCUUUUUUUUCAACUCAACCCUCUUCUUGAAGAUGGCGCAGUCAAUGUACAAGGUUCCCCUAAAUGUCGCAAUUGCUGCUAUCGUUGUCACAAUAUUUUAUGGUCCAGGGUGGGGAGAAUUGAGCCGCACGGUUCCCGCUUGGUUUGAAGAGCACACACCAGCCCCAUUGCUAAAGGCUGUGCAAGGAGAGGCAGACGCCCUGUAUUGGAACGCCACCAUUUGGACAGCGGAUCCAAAUAGGCCGUGGGCUGAGGCGAUAGCGGUGAAGGACAAGCAGAUACUGAAAGCAGGGACUUUUGCCACCACCAGCAAACUCGCUGGUGCGCAAACACUGGAGGUGGACUUGAAGGGCGCUUUUGUGGCGCCAGGCUUCAUCGACUCGCACGUGCACUUUAUCCAAGGGGGACUGCAGCUCUUACGGCUUGACUUCACAGGCGUGAAAGACAGGGCUGGCUUUCAGCGGGUGGUGUCAAGAGGCGCAGAAAACAAGCGGGAAGGGGAAUGGAUUCUCGGAGGAGGCUGGGAUCACGAGCUCUGGGGAGGCGAGCUGCCGGACAUGCGGUGGAUCGACGAUGUGGCGCCAGAGAGUCCGGUCUGGCUAACCCGCUUAGACGGCCACAUGGGGCUGGCGAACCGCCUCGCACUGGAAAAAGCCGGCAUAGACGGGGACACUCCAGAUCCUGAGGGGGGUGCGAUCGUCAGGAGUCCCGACGGCGCUCCGACCGGCCUGCUGAAAGACUCGGCCAUAUAUCUGCUGUCUCCGGUGACCCCCCCCCCAAGCCUGCAAGACAAGCGCGAGGCGCUGAAGCGCGCGUGCCGGCACGCGAACAAGAAUGGGAUCACGGGGGUGCACGACUUUGGCAACUUUGGCCCUGGGAGCACCACAGAGGAGGUCUGGGCGGAUCUAGAAGAUGUGUACCUGCCCGCUGCUGCCGUUGGUGACAUGACGGUGCGCGUGUAUGCGUUCACACCAUUGGAGACGCAUGAGAGGCUGGCGCAGAAGAUCAAGGAGAAGGGGAAAAAGCUCAGCCCCUGGCUGCACAUAGGAGGUGUCAAGGCUUUUGCGGACGGCUCCCUUGGUUCCUCGACGGCGCUGUUCCACGAGACAUAUGCUGACGAUCCCACCAACUACGGCCUGGCUGUCGCGCCAGAGGAUUGGCUAUUACGGAACGUCGUUGCCGCUGACGCUGCAAAGCUGCAGGUGGCAGUGCACGCGAUCGGGGACGCUGCCAAUGACCGGGUGCUGAGAGCGUACCGACAGGCGAGAGCGACGAACGGCUUGAGGGACCACCGGCACCGAAUCGAGCACGCGCAGCACCUGUCUCCCGAAGCCCCCGACCUCUUCCAAAAGUACCGGGUCACCGCCUCCAUGCAGCCGCACCACUUGAUUGACGACGCUGGCUACGUGGAGAAACGCCUCGGAACGGAACGCGCAUCCAAGUCGUCGUACCUUUUCAAAACCCUGCUCGGAAAGGGCGUCCCCCUAAUCCUGGGCUCUGACUGGACGGUCACCCCGCUGGACGCUCUGGACGGCAUCCACGCGGCCACUCACAGGACGCCACGUGGCGCUUCAGCUGAGACGCGGCCGUGGCUGCCAGAGCAGAGACUUAGCGCUGAGGAGGCAAUGAUUGGUUAUACGAGCGCAGCGGCACGUGCCUCUUUCUGGGAAGACGAAGUGGGGUCUUUGGAAGUCGGAAAGCUGGCCGACUUUGUCGUGCUGGAUAGGAAUCCGUUGGAAGCCUUUGACGAGCUGCCUAGGGUGCUGCAAACGUUCGUCGGAGGGACGAGGGUCUAUGUGGCUGAUUGAUGCGGGAUCAGAUGUGCCAAUUGUUCUGCACGCGUAUGCCACUGCAAGAGUUUUGUGAUUGUAGGUGCCUGUUCUCUAAGCGCGUUCCGUCAAGUUCGUCGUUCUGGUAAAUAAAUGGCAUUGUGACGGCUCUUAUGACCGGACCGGAGGUCACGCAAGAUAUCGGCCAAAAUACGGGCAGCCGGCGGG